AUGAGGUCAGUAAGGACCUUACUCCCCAAAGGCCGUUCGCUCCCCGUGCUCGUCCUGGUGGCGCUCCUGGUUCAUGCUCUUGGCGAGGAUUUAAUUUUUCACCCUGAGUGGGGAUUUGAGUCGUAUGAAAUCAUCAUUCCCAAGAAGCUGAGCUUCCGGGGAGGGCAGCAGGGUGCCGUCCAGCAAGUGUCCUACCUCCUGCAGGUCAAAGGCAAGAAGUAUAUCCUCCACCUCUGGCCCAAGAGGUUUCUAUUGCCCCGAAAUCUAAAGGUUUUCUCCUUCACAGAACAGGAGAAACUCCUGGAGGAUCACCCUUACAUACCCAGGGACUGCAACUACAUAGGCUUGGUUGAAGGAACUCAGGAUUCAGAAGCUACUUUAAGUACAUGCACCGGGAGUCUCCGAGGCAUAUUGAAAAUUGAUGAGGAACAUUAUCAAAUCGAGCCCCUCAAGGCCUCUUCCAGCUUUGAACAUGUCAUGUAUCUCCUGAAGAAAGAGGACAGAUUUCAGAAUCAGACCUGUGGCUUAAUUAAUGAUGAGCUAGAAAAGCAGAUGGCUCAGAGUGAGAUUAUGGUGAGGCUUAGGGACUAUCAUGGAUCCUAUAAGCAUCAGAAGUACAUGGAACUAGCCCUGGUCUUUGAUUACAGUCGAUUUUUGUUUUCAGAUUCCAAUAUUACUCGAGUCAUACAGGAUGCCAUUCUUUUGACUGGGGUUAUGGACACCUUCUUUAAAGAUAUCAGUAUGAGACUACAGCUACAAGGUGUUGAAAUAUGGACAAAUAACGACAAAUUUAAUAUUCACCACAUGACCUCACAAGAACUUCUAAACUCAUUUUUAAAAUAUAGUACAACAACCCUUUCUGGUCGGGUUUCUGCAGAUUGGGCGCAUUUGUAUAUUACAGGUGCUUUCACUCAUGCUCUUGGAUGGGCGUAUAUUGGAGGCAUAUGUAAGGCCAAAUAUAGUGGAUCAAUAAGUAGUUUUCCAAAUCUAAAUAUCCUUGAAGCCAGUAGACUGUCUGCUCAUGAACUGGGCCACGGUGUGGGAAUGAAACAUGAUACAGAAUAUUGUCAAUGCAGGGGUAAGCGAACUUGUAUCAUGGGCACUGGGAGUAGUGGGUUUAGUAAUUGUAGUUAUAGUGAAUAUCUUAGUCACAUAAAUUCAGGCGGAGAAUGUCUAAAUAAUAUCCCAGGACUGGGUUAUGUGGUGGAGAGAUGUGGAAACAAAAUUGUGGAAGGCAAUGAAGAAUGUGAUUGUGGUUCAAGAGAGGACUGUAAAAAAGACCGUUGUUGCGAACCGGAUUGUAAACUCGCGCGAACGGCCAAUUGUAGCACUGGGCUUUGCUGUCAUAAAUGUCGCUUUCGUCCACUUGGGUACAUAUGUCGAAAGGAAGACAAUGAAUGUGACCUUGCAGAGUACUGCAAUGGAAUCUCACAUUUCUGCCCAGAUGACACUUUUAAGCAUGACGGAACCCUUUGCAAGGGUAACUCCAUGUGUUUCAAAAAGAGGUGCCAUUCCAGAUAUACGCAGUGCCAAAACAUUUUUGGACCUGAUGCCAGGGAGGCUCCUGAUCAGUGCUAUCGCAUAGUGAAUUUAGUGGGUGAUCAAUAUGGGAACUGUGGUAUUAUAGGAGGCAAAACCUACGUAGCUUGUGCCAGGGAAAACGUAAAGUGUGGCAGGAUACAGUGUAUAAAUGUCAAGAGCAUCCCUGACAUGCCAGAGCAUUCGAUCCUCAUCUCUACUCAUCUGCGAGAGGAGAAUCUCAUGUGCUGGGGGAUAGGUUACCACACAUCCCUGACACCCUCGGGAAUACCUGAUGUGGGUGAAAUAUUUGAUGGUACCCCCUGUGGUUUUGAACAGCUGUGUAUUAACAGAACUUGUGUGCAUACCUCAGUCUUGAAACCUGACUGUUUUCCUAAGAAGUGCAACAACCGAGGCAUUUGCAACAAUAAGAAAAACUGUCACUGUGGCUAUGGCUGGGCCCCUCCGUUCUGCGAGGAGCAAGGGUAUGGAGGUAGCAUUGACAGUGGGCCCACGAAAGAGCUGAAAGAGGAGGUGCCCGCCCCAGUGCAGGUGCUGUCCAUUAUGUUAAUGCGCCUUAUUUUCCUAAUCAUCUCAGUGAUCGCUGUGUUUUUCAGGAGCUUGAUAGAACAGUUUAUAAACCCCACACCGAGAGAAACACCACCAAUUAACAUUCCAAAUAAAUAA